AUGGAAAAGAUUAAUCAUUGGGGGAAAAUUCGAUUAAAGUCAUUCAACAACAAAGCAGAAGAAUGUCGAAAAAGUGUUACUGAAUAUUUAAAAAGGAAUUUGCUCAAAUUAACUGACGAGCUGGAUAAGCCGAAAGAUAUUUUAAUUAACAAAGAUGCAUUGUUACAAUCUGUUUAUGAAAUUUCAGUUGAUUUACCUAAUGGUACAGGUCCAAUAACGAUAUCGAACGACAUGAAAAUCGAUACCGAUGAAAAUGCAUCUUCCAGUUCAGGCAAGUGUCCGCUCUAUCCUAUGACUUCGUUAUAUGUUGUGUUGGUCCAAUUCUGUCCAUUCGUGUUUGUUAUGAUACGAUCGCUUGACUAUGCUUACGUUAACUUUGAACAACCAGCCUGUGCCAAACGAGCUCUUGACACGAUGUAUUUCAUGGUAGUCCACUACGUAUCAUGUAGCCUCAAUGUGAUCUUGAUCUACAUAAAUCAAGUGGUUGUUUGGUAG